UUUUCGCUGAACAUCUCCGACGACCCCAAGGAGGGCCACAGCAACCUCAUCGAGCGGGCCGAGAUCGCGCAGCUGGUCCGUUCCCGCAUGCAGAGUCUAGCCCUGCCACCUGAGGACUAUGACGAUGUGUCUGAGAAGCGCAACUCUUUGUCUUUUGUCAUCAUCAACCCCUCGUGCGACCUCAAGCUGGAGGAAGGCGACAUUGUAUAUCUCAUCCGGCCAAGUCCAUUCUCGGCUCAGAAGACGUUCGAGAGGCACAACUCCCGGCGGAAGUCAAACAUAUCUCUGUGUGAUACCAGACGGCGCAGUACCACCUUCACUCGCCCUCCGCCACUCACCUCAGCUCCCAAGUCUAAUUCUCUCAGCCUUCCAGACAGCCCACAGAUUUCCCCUGCUCCCGUCCUGGGUUCCCUUGUAGAGUCCCUUCACGUCCCCAUGUCCCCUCCAACAGGAUAUGUUCGUGGCCGUUCCAAUUCCCUUCGCGUGGACGAUAUCCUCAUGCGGCGAUCCAACUCAUUACGCUUUGGUUUGGAAGGAACCCGCAAGAUCAACAGCUUUGAGGAGCUGGGCAUCAGCCCUCUCACCCCCCUCACCAGGGACGAGCGCACGGGCUCCAUCAAAAUCCCUACCAAUGGCUCCAUUGGCUUAGAGGUAACGCCACCUGAAGAGUGUGGAUCUGAGGCCUCCGUCCCUUCCAUCCAGCUACAAGGUACCAUUGUCUGACCACCGCCAUCGCCUCGGCCUGCGCGCGUUUGGUUCCACAUGAGUGGGGCCCGUGGGCUGACUCGCGCUCGCUCUCCACGUCUCUGACGGCCAGCGGCCUCCUUCACUUCCCGGCCAGCCCUGGGGCCCGUGCCCUGGCCACAUUCACAGUGAGAGGAGGUCGAUAAGACUGAUGUGAUGUUGAGCAGGCUGGCAAACCAGCUGAGUCUCGGUUGGGUUUCUAGUGAUGCCAUAAGUGCUUGUUUAGAGUGCAAUUCAUCCCAGUUAUGUCCAAUACUGGACGUUCUGCGAACCUUGGGUACAAACGUAGAUGAAUUCUAAUUUUGGAAUGAAACUUUAUCGAACUUUUCACCCGUGAAAGAGUGAUUUAAGGUUAAAGUGAUAUAUUGGUUUUUUUUUACAUCUGAGAAACACAAACUGACUCAAUGGAAUCUGAGCAUUACAGUAUGAACCGAAGAGACAGUCUUCACUUGUGCUUUACCGCCACCGCGGCUUACCUUCCAUGAAGGGUUUGUUGUUUUAUAAGCGAGUGCUGCAUCGCGGAAAGAGAGCCCCUCUACCACCCAGGAGUGGGCAACACUGUGCCUAUUAAGGAAGUACAGUAUGGAAGUGUCUUGCACACAUUACAAUGCUAAAAGACCAGAGUUGGCUAUAGUGAUCUUGGAUAUAUACUGCAGGUGUUACCAGGCUCUACCAGCUUCCUGCAAGUGUCAUCUGUUCCAUUCAGGUCCAAGUAAUGAAAGGUGGUUCUAUCAUUAAGAUCCUUCAAGUUUAAACAGGUAUUUGUAACUUGUUAGUGUCAACUGAUGAAGAAGUGUCAAAUGAUAGGCAGUUCACCAAGUCACUGUAAAUAACAAUGAUGUCAGCUACUUUUCUUAAGUCCUGGCAAGUCUCUCCAAAUAUCAGCAAAUUCCUGCGAGAGAGAGAGAGAGAGAGAGAGAGAGAGAGAGAGAGAGAGAGAGAGAGAGAGAGAGAGAGAGAGAGAGAGAGAUUCGGUGGUGAUGGUAAGGGGCAGGAGAGGGUGAGGGAGGCUGUGUUGGGCUGAAGGGUCUCCAGCCAGCCACUCCCACUGCAGCAUUUUAUUAUAUAUCCUCACUAGCGGUGUUUUCAUUGUUUUGAAACAUUUGCAUUUUAAUUAUUUGUUAAUAGUUGUGAUUUUUCCAGUUUAUUACAUUAUAUAUAUAUAUAUAUAUAUAUAUAUAUAUAUAUAUAUAUAUAUAUAUAUAUAUAUAUAUAUAUAUAUAUAUAUAUAUAUAUAUAUAUAUAUAAUCAUUGUCAUUAUGCGCAUACAUAUUUGUACAGACAUAUAACAUUGUGAUAAAUCACUCAUAAUAUUACAUAAUAUACAGUACAUGUACAUGAGUCAUCAUCACAUGAUGUACGUACGCGAGUCAUCAUCACAUGAUGUACGUACGCGAGUCAUCAUCACAUGAUGUACGCGAGUCAUCAUCACAUGAUGUAGAUAAGUCAUGUACAUGGAAUGAAAAGCUAGUCAUAAUCCAGCAUAAUCUUUAUUUUAUUAUUACAUAUACAGUAUAUAGUUACUAAUUACCGCAUAGCACAUGUGUAGUAUUAAGGACAGAUGCUGGAGGUGGUGUCGGGCGCCGUCUUCAUUGUCACAACAAAUACACACCUAAAACAGUCCUCA